AUGAACGUGAACCGGCAGGCGGCUCGACUGCUGUUGUUGGUCGUGGGCGCGCUCGCGAUCGGCGCCGCGAUCGCCGGCCUGAACCCGCAGGGAGCCGAGUGCGGCGAGAGACGCUGCUCCACCGUCGAGUACUGCAGCCCCUACGACAAGCGUUGCAAGCCUUGCUCCUCCAUCUGCGACGCAAACGGCCGCAACUAUCAGCAAGACGAGUGUUUCAAAGAUUGUCAAGGGGAGGUGGAACGACUGUGGAUCCUGGCCGCGAUCUGCGUCGCGGUAGCUUUCUCCUCCCUUCUGGCGAGUCUCUGUCUGCUCGCGCAAAGGUUGUUUACGCGAUGGGAGAAGAUGAGGACCACCCUGGGACGAGCUUUCGCCGGGAAACGGAGAAAGGUGAGAAACACAGAGAGAAAGAAAGAGAUUCUAGUGGUGAGAUUGCUUCUUCUCGGUGCUCGAACGGAGUUGAUCGUCUCUGUUCUUCAGGGAAUGUCGAACGCGAACGACGUCGUCGAGAAUAACAACGAUCGAGGCAAGCCGUCGCUUCGGGACGCAGAGUCGGGCACAACGUCCAGGCACAAUGGACUCAAGCUCACCAUGUCGACGAUAAGCGCCAGCGUGGCUCCUUCUCGGUACUCGGUGAACGAGCCGGCGGCGGCGGCGGCGGCGACGACGACGACGACGACGACCACGGGUCGUGGUAACGACGUGGCGAGUGGAAGUGGAAGUGGAAGUGGAAGCGGAAGCGGAAGCGGAACCAGUAACGCCACGCCAAACACCACUACCACCACCCUGUCGAGAAGACACCCGAGCGAGGACACCACUCUCGAUUACGCUUACGACAAUCCAGCGAUGACGCCCAGUCCGGAAGUCGUUCAGCACAGAACGAAGCGCGAGAGUUCCUUUUGA